AUUUAGGAAUGGGUCCGAUCCUCGCUUUAGUUAGACACGAGCUAGCAAGAGGAGUCGGAUUCACCUGAGGACCUGUUGGACAAAUCCGCUCCCGAGCUCCUCCAAGUGUCAAGAGAGGAUCUACCACCGUGGUCUACAGCGGUGAAGAUGCACAGCACGCAAAAGGAUACGACCUAUACCAAGAUUUUUGUCGGGGGUCUUCCGUACCACACCACAGACUCAAGUCUCAGGAAAUAUUUUGAAGUGUUCGGUGAGAUUGAAGAAGCGGUGGUUAUUACCGACAGACAGACCGGCAAGUCGAGGGGUUAUGGAUUCGUCACGAUGUCGGACCGCUCGGCUGCCGACCGGGCCUGUAAGGACCCCAACCCCAUCAUCGACGGCAGGAAGGCCAACGUGAACCUAGCCUACCUAGGGGCCAAACCCCGGGUGAUGCAGCAAGGUUUCACCUUUGGGGUUCCUCAAAUUCACCCCGCAUUCAUCCAAAGGCCUUAUGGGAUCCCGGCGCACUACGUGUACCCACAGGCCUUCAUGCAGCCCAGCAUGGUCAUCCCCCACAUGCAGCCCAACGCCGCCAGCGCCGCCUCGGCCGCCAGCGCCUCCUCCCCGUACAUCGACUACACCGGCGCCGCCUACGCCCAGUACGCCGCCGCCGCCGCCGCCUACGAGCAGUACCCGUACGCCGCCUCGCCCGCUGCCCCGGGCUACAUGACCGCCGCGGCCGCCGGCUACGGCUACGCCGUUCAGCAGCCGCUGACCGCGGCCGGCGCGGCGCCCGGGUCAGCCGCCGCCGCCGCCGCCGCCGCCUUCGGCCAGUACCAGCCCCAGCAGCUGACCGACCGCAUGCAAUAGCAGCCACUGCAGCCAAUGGACACGCAGCAGGGAGGAGGCAAGGCCCGCCCUCGCCCACAGGCGCUCUGUCUGAUUGGUCAGGAGCACAAGGGGGGCCGAUGGAAGAAAAGGAAGAGGGAGGAUGGGCCGUAAAGGUGGCGGGGGGGGGGCGAGUGGGAGGGCUGGAGACUCGAAGAUCGCCGAGUCAUGCAGGUUGAAGCUGAUGGUGGUGGUGGUGGUGAUGAUGGUGGUGGUGGUGGUGGUGGUGGUGAUGGUGGUGGUGAUGGUGGUGAUGAUGAUGAAGAUAAUGAAGAUAAUGAUGGUGAUGAUGGUGGUGGUGAUGAUGAUGAUGAUGGGAUGGUGAGGUGGGAACUUCAUGCAGUAGCUUUCCAACUUGCUGUGUUUCAACCAUACAACAAAACGUGCGUAUUUAUGCGAGAACAAGGAAGAAUCUCUCAGAACAAAGUUAGGAGGGUGAUUGACUAUUAUUAGUACUUUUAUUGUUAUAACUUUUAUUAGUAUCAUUCUGAUUAUCAUUGUAGUAGAGUACUUAUUUCUAGUUGACAAAUGCAGGAACUAAUCCCUGUGGUGGGUAUAGCUGUAAACUAAGCCUUAUUGAGUCCCAUUGCUGUUGUUAGCGUUAGCAUCGUAGGCUAGCUAUUCCUCAUUGUGAAGAUAUCCAGACACUUUCCAAAAGUGUAACUGGUUCUUCCAUGCCCUCAUAACAUAUGUAUUAUUGUUACUCUUACUACAGUGGGCUACUGUUAUUAUUAUAAUUAUUAUUAUUAUUAUAAUUAUUUUAUUUUUCGUCUUUUCAAUUGCUUUUCGGGAGUUUAUAUUUUCUGAUAAUCAGGGAAAUGUAGAGGAGUCGUUUUCCACCAUGUUAGGUCUGUUGUAUGGUUAUUGUUAUUAUUUUUAAGAUGCAAACCUCUGUCAGGAAGUUGAGUUUGUAAAAAGGAGUGAACACAAGUCGGAACAUAUUUUUUGUACAACUACCAUCUUUUUGUUAGCUUUCCUGACGCCGAAUGUCUCUCUCUCUAAUCCUGUGUGUCUCUCGACCUCCAGCUAUGCAAAACAAACACAUCACCUAGAGACAAACACAACUAAACCAAACCACGCAGGAAAGAGAAAACAGAGAAGUCAUCAGUUCUUUUACAAACUUUUGGACCGGGGGGGGUGUUUGGGGGGUGGUGAUGAACAAAACACACAAAGACCCUCGACAUGAAGGGGCUGGCAUCGGUGCGGGGGUAUCAAUAGAGAUCACUGAAUCAGUUACUUUAGGGCGAGGACACUGGCCCCGCGCGCAAACUAUACACACGCACGCACACGCCGAAACACAGCCGUGCACACACGUGUCGACCUUUCACACGUAGCGUCACGACACAAAGGUUUACACUCUGAGAGGGAUAGAGGGACAAAAAGAGGGAGAGAAAGAUGGAGGGGGAGGCAAGCUGCCGGUAGGUGGGUCUCCAGCGCCACACAGACGGAUCGUUCUGGAAAAGAAGGCAUCACUUGUGCUUGAAUGUCGACCUUUCACUUUUUAAUCCCCCUGCCCUAUUUUGUGGGGGACCCCCCCCUCCCCCAUUACCCCCAAUCACACCCCAGCCCCAUUCCAACACCCACGGUCGCACACGCACCUCCAUGCUGAUGUCAGGUUUGCACACACACACACACACACACACACACACACACACACACACACACACACACACACACACACACACACACACACACACACACACACACACACACACACACUCAGACACUCAGACACAGACCUAUACUGCCGGACUUGGCCUCUUGUGUACGAUUGCUCAAACCAAAGACAGGCCUGCCUCACGCCUGUCCUCGGUCAGGGGUCAGGGGGUCAGGGGUCGGGGGGGGGCGCGGCCGCUGUGUCUUCCAGCUCUCUGACGUCAUGCGGGUCUUCCUCCUCUGCGUGCCUUACAUGUGUUAUUGCUAUUUAAGAGAAUCAUUUAAAAAUGAGUAAAACAAAAAAAAAAACGAGGGAGGAGAAGUGUAGUAUUUAAGCUAGGCUAUUUAUUUAGAGUGUUGACUCUGUUGGCUCUCUAAGGGUAUGACUUGGCAGGCGUACUGUAUUUAUAAUAUUAUGUACUCAUCUCAAGGCAUAUAUAUAUAAGUUAUUGAGUAGUUUUAGUCGUAAUAUUAUUAUUAUUAUUAUUAUUAUUAAUAAUAUUUGUAUUAUAUUAUUAUUAUUAACAUAUUCAACCAAAAUGUUGUUGUAGGAGUUAUUUAAGAGACCAUUUUGUUAUGUGCACUGUAUAACUAUAGACAUGUUUUUUUUGCCUUUUGGAAUCCUUAACAUGAGAUGACAUUUCAGCAAGCUUAAUGCCUUUUAUAUGGAAACUGAUUUUAUUUUUAAAAUACUGGCCUACUUGCAUGCAACAUGUUCAGUGCUUCAUCAAUGUUUAGUGCUGAUGAAAAAAACGAGAUAAUAUUUAAGACAAAAAAAGCUGCUUUCUCCAUUAGAAUGUAGUCUGUCAAUGCAUGCUUUUUCCUUCUAGCCUUCAAUAAUGAUCCAAUGGGCCAUCGACACUGUUGGGAAUUUUUAUACUUGAACUAUUUCUUUACAAGGGAAAAUAUGAAAUAAAUAUAAAAAUUUAAAGACAAAAAAAAUCUUUUUAGAGAAGCUUUUCAUUGUCACUGGAUGGAGAUGUGUAAAUGUGUAACUAUUUAAAUGCAAAGGUCCUGUUGGUAUGGGGAAAAAAAACAUUAUUUCAGAAUUUCCACAGUAUUUACUCUACAUCGAAAUAAAAUGUUAUAUAUUUAAAUAA